AUGGAGAACAGCAGCGGGACUUUUCUUCUCCCGACCUUAUUGCUCCUGCUGCAGAACAAGAGCUACCCCCAAGCCUCCAUCCCUCCUGCUGCCUACCAGGUGACGCAGUCACCCGUAGAAUUCAGCUCCAGCAGCAACCACACCGUCUGGCAGUAUAAACUCAGGCUGGGGGAAAUUGCAGCAGUCAGCAUGGUUUUGGGAGCCUUGUGGCUGGUUUCUGUCUUUGGAAACUCCCUUGUUUGCUUAGUCAUCCGCAGGAGCAGGAGGACACAGUCCACCACCAACUAUUUUGUUGUCUCCAUGGCUUGUGCAGACCUUCUCAUCAGUGUCGCGAGUGCACCCUUCGUGCUGCUUGAGUUUACUUACGGCGGGUGGAUGCUGGGAAAUGUGAUGUGCAAGCUGGUAAGGUACAUACAGUACCUCACCCCCGGAGUCCAGAUCUACGUGCUCCUCUCCAUAUGCGUGGAUCGCUUCUACACUAUUGUCUACCCGCUGAGCUUCAAGGUGUCGAGAGGGAAAGCCAAGAAAAUGAUUCUGACCUCUUGGCUGUUUGAUGCUGCACUUGCAGCACCAGCUUUCUUCUUCCACAGCUACAACAGCAAUGACCACUGCAGCUUUUUUCUCCCCACUUCUUGGGAAGGAGCCCUCUACGGUACCAUCCACCUCUUGGUGGGCUUUCUAAUCCCAUCCAGCCUCAUUAUUUUCUUCUACCAGAAGGUCAUCAAGUACAUCUGGAGAAUAGGCACCGAUGGCAGGACAGUCAGAAGGACAAUGAAUAUUGUCCCUAGAGCAAAAGUGAAAACCAUCAAGAUGUUCUUAAUGUUAAACUCGGUCUUCCUGCUGUCCUGGCUCCCUUUUUACAUAGUACAGCUGUGGCACCCACAGGAAACAGACUACAGAAAGAGCUCCUUGCUUUUCCUGGCCAUCACCUGCAUCUCUUUCAGUUCUUCAGCCUCUAAGCCAGCCCUCUACUCUGUGUAUAAUGCCAACUUCAGAAGAGGGAUGAAAGAAACUUUUUGCAUGUCUGCCAUGAAAUGCUACAGAAGCAAUGCCUACACCAUCACCACCAGUUCCAGGAUAGCCAAGAAAAAUCACGUGGGCAUCGCAGAUGGCCCAGCUCCAGCCAAAACUGUCACCAAAGACUCCAUCUAUGAUGCUUUUAACAGGGAAGCAAAGGAAAAGAAGCUUGCCUGGCCUAUUCAGUCCAAUCCUCCAAAUACAUUUGUCUAG